CUGCUUGCGAGUGCCUGCAGUGCCGACGGAGCUAGGCGGGAACCAGUUCCGCGCUGGGCACGAUCGCAGAGGAUUAGAUCCGCGUGGGCCCAAGCGCAGAGGAAUAGAUCCGCGCUUGCAUGAAUAAAUUCGCGACAGCUCCGCGUCCCUGCUUCCGACUACCUGGCUCCGGCAGCCCCGACGACCACCUGGCUCCGGCGACCGAGGCGAUCUCCACCAGCUCCGGCAAGCAAUGCUGGCUCCAGCGACCUGCCACCAUCAUGAGCGCGCAGGACGAAGCGGCCUCAGCUAAAUACGACGCCAGCAUGGCUGCAUCCCCGGCACAGCCAGCCAAGCGACACCGGACACAUGCGAGCCGAUCGUGCCUGGCCUGUCGCAAGCGCAAGACGCGGUGCUUGCUAGCCAACACCGCAGUGCCGUCGAGCCUGGCGCCGCUGGCGAGCGAGGACGCAUGCGCGCGGUGCGUCUCGUUGGGCUUGGAGUGCGUCGUCUGGGAUGGCGACCGCAAAGGCACGCGCUACGCGUACAGGGACAAGGACUCGCAACAGCGGCAGGCGAGACCGAAGCAGCACUCGGGGCCACAGCGGCAGUCGGGACAGCAGCACGGUCAGAACAGACAAACAUCGCCUCCUCGCAGCGAUGGGCACCCCAACAACGAGGCUCUUCUAACCCCCUUCUACCCACUUGAUCCUGUUUUUGAGCCGCACAGCGACACGCCAUUGCAAGCAGGGAACGAAGAUGCAGGCACGCCUUCGGUCGCACGGGCCUCGCUGGAAAAGAUGGUGCUGCGGACCAGCGACUCGCGACUGUUCCGUAUCCUGCGCCGGCCCAUGCUCAUGCUGCACGUCCUGCUGGCGCGGCAGAAUGUCUUUCGUGUCGGCGUGCCUGGCGGGCAGGACGACGAGCGCCAGGCAGCGCACUGGCUCGCGUCCGUCGUCCAGCGUCUCUGCGCUUCGUCGCAGACGCGCCAGCGGCUUCAGACAUGCGACUGGGGCCUGCUCAUGCAACAUGUCCACCUCCCCCGGCUGCUCGAGUGCAUCGAGCUGUACGGCAGGCACGGCCAGCGCUCGGCGGCCACGUCGCUCCUGCUCUGCAUGAUGCUGUACCUCUGUCGCGCGUGGCAGGCCCUGGGCGAGGACACAAACACAAACGAGGACAGCAUGCCGCGUCGACUGCCGCAGCUGAUUCGCAUGUACGCGCGUCAGGUCAUGGUGCGUGCCCCGCGCAGGGUCGAGACGGCGCAGGCGCUGGAGCUGCUGGCCGUCUACAUGCCCCACAUACUCGAUGGCAGCGAAGAGGAGCGCCGUCUGGCCGACGACGACGACGACUCGACUGCGGGCACGUCGAUCAUGGCCAUCGCCAUCGACAUCGGCGGCGCGCUGGCCAGCGCGGCGACCAGCGACGUCACGCACGACGGAGCAGACGUCCGGCACGUGCGCGCACUGUGGGCCAGCCUGGCAUGCUGGCAGACGGCUUUGAGUCUCCACGAGCAGUCGCCAAGUCCGCCCAAUCGGGCAGCACUGGCGCAGCCGCUUGCGUCGUGGUGGGCGGACAACGACGACGAUGAUUAUUCUUCUGCUGCUGCACGAGCGGCCGGGCUGACGGCUCUCCAGGUGCGCUGCGAGACAGUCCUGCUGACAGCAGAAUACGAGAUGGAGAACGAGUCGCUGACGAGGAUGGUGCUGUCGGACGAGGCAUUUCGCACGCGGCAGGCGGCCACGGUAGGGGCCUACCUCGAGGCGCUGCGCGACGUCGCAGCCGUUCGUCGCACGAAGCUGGACGGCGCACUGGGCGCGGUGGUCCACAAGGCAGCGAUGCUUGCCCCGCUCGUGCGGUCGCUGUGGCUCUGGCUCGAAAUGGAGUCAAAGGGGAUGUUUGAAUCGCUGCUGUCCAAGGGGCUGGGCAAUCUCCACGAUCGGCGUCUGCGCUCGCCACAUCUGAAGCGGCAGAACGGCCUGCCGGUGCACCUGAUCUGGCAGGACCCCGACUGGGGCCAGUCUGUGCGCGAGCUGGGCUCGCAGAGAAACGGAGACAUGGUGGAGAUGCUGGCGCGCUUCUGCCAGUUUGGCUGCCUGCUGGACGAGCACAGGCGAGCCGUGUCGGCAAGCGGGGCGGUACAUCCUUCGAUGCUGUUGCUGCCGAUGCACUAUCUCUGCGCGUUCGUCCUCAGCGCAGCCAAGGCGCUGCUCGACACGCAGACGGUGCUGCUGUGGGGCCGCAAGCAUGUCCACCCCGACACCGACGCACACGUCGCGCUGAUGCAUCGGCUCGCCGACGUCAUGGCGGCACUGGACAUCGUCGGCUUCACCACGUAUUCUGGCACGCGCGAACAGGGCGUCAGCCAGUGCUCGUCGGCCAUUGUGCGUGUCGUGGCCGACACGAUGCUGGCGUGGCAGGAGCGCCGGAGCCUCGUCCUGGCGCGUCACCGGCUGGAGGAGAAGGCGAGACGAGAGAGCAUCGCGGUCUCCCAUUCGUCUGCGCUGUCUGAUCCCGCAGCGACGAAGCCCUUCAGCAGCGGCCACGAAGCGCCCUUUGAUAUCAGCCUACCGCCUGUGGCGAGACUGGACGACGUGCCGCUCUUCGACUCGCUCUUUGGCGGCCUCAUGGAGAUACCCGAGUGGAGCGCAAUGAUGGAGUCACAGCUCUCAUUCGCCUGACAGUUCCGGCUGAUCAAACAAACCAAGCGA